AUGCCCUCCCAACCAUCGCAUCAUAUAGGAGUCAUUGUGAAUCGAUCUGUUCGCCGUGCUGCCUGCGACCAGUGCCAUACUCAGAAGCUGCGCUGCACAAAACUAGAAAACUAUGAUGUGUGUGUUCGAUGCGAGCGAUUGAACCGCCAAUGUAACUGGAGUGUUCCAUCGCGGAGUGGCCGCCCAGCAAAAUCGACCGCAGAGGGCAAGCUGGCUAGGCGUGACAGCCUGCAGAAUGUGGGAGAAAAGCGUCGCAAACGCUCUUUCAGUGCUCUAGAAUUGACACCGGAGAACAGUCAUCUCGAAACUCCACGAGAGCAUGUUUGUACCGGCCAGGCUAGCGCUCUCGCUCGAGAUCAAAACCAGCCUCAACCCAGCCCUUUGCCUCUGGAGAUGGCUGAGGCGCCGCCAUCGUUGCCAUCCAUUGUAGAUUGGAACAUGUCGGAUUUCUUGGGACUGUCAAGCCCACGUUAUGGCGCAGGGAAACCCCCCUUUGUCCCUUCGUGGAUAUACCCGGAUAGCCCAUCUCAGAUGCAUAAUUUCACCGACUGUUUGCAACUCCCCAACAAUGGGGUAGGAUAUCCAGGGACUCAAGCCACAGAGAACCGAAACGCGAGCGGAAACAACCACGCAGUUUCCCCAUCCCCUGGAGUAAACUCUUUGCAGGAUAUCACACGAGAGAUUUCCAACAUCAAUUUGUCGCUCUUUGACCUAGAGCAGUCUCUUAAUGCCGAACCAUGGGGUCCAAUGUUUGCGACCCCAGCUGCUGCUGUGACUAAACUGAGUACCUGUAGCGAUGACCAAGCGGACGACUGGAUGACCCAGGGGUAUCCAUUGGUCGACAUAUUUAACAAGACACAACGAUUUAUCGAAGUUGCAAAGCAGACGAGCAUUUAUUUUGCCUCCCGCCAUGCUCCAAAUGCAUCAACGCCAACCUCAUCCUCUACCUCUCACCCGGGACAACCACCAUCAAAGCACCCAUUAAGUGCCGCUUAUGCAGACAGCGACACCCCCAGCCAAGCAUCGUCCCAUUCAUCUAUCCCAGUAGACAUAUCUAUCCAGCCCGACCUGCCUCCCCAGCACUCUGCACCCUCUUCAAAUUCAACGCAAAGCGACCGACCCAGCCGCACCGCAAGCCAUGUACCAACCGCCCUUCUCUUCGCAACGGGCUACGCACGGAUUCUCGAUAUUUACACAACCCUCUCAACGCAGAUAUCAAAUUUCGUCCACGCGCUCUCGGUGCAGUCCCUCGCCGGGGAACCGGACAAUAGGCAACGCAUGCAUCCCGCUAUCCCGCCGCUGCAAUGGGGUGCGUUCCAGCCCGCUAACUAUGGCGGGCUGCAGAUACUAAUGGCAACGCAGGUGUUGACCUAUCUGCUUAAGGAAGUGGAGCGGGCAGUGGGUUUCUACGGGUGGGAACGCGAGAUGACUCGGGAGCGAUCACGAUCUGAAGAGGGGGAAACAGGUCGCUUUGCUUCGAGGCAUGGGGAUUCUCGUCGACGUAGAAGGGAUUCUGGAGUUAGGGAUGCGGAUCAUGGUGGAGGUGGUCAGGGAUUGCUCAGUUCUGCAAUGAUUGAAAUUGUGGUCCAGGCGGAUGGAUCAGGGAAUUGGCUGGGAAAAGUCGGGGUGUUGCGGAGUAAACUCCGAAUGUUGAAGGAAGAGCUUGAGAAGAGUAUGCAUAGUUAG